AUAUGAUUAAGUUUUAAACAGUAUAGACACUUUUAUUAUAACUUCACUACACAUACAAAUUUUUGGCGCCCUUCUAGGUUAGAUUGUAGGCAGGUGCCUACUAUCUAACUCUUGUCCUGGAUCCGUGCCCAGCGGUGAUGCGUAAUCUCCAGCUGGAUAACAAAACGACAUGAAUUCUGCGUACAACCGCCGUUACGCGCUUAAGAGAAAACCGCAAAGCGUUUGAUUUAGCUCUGUCGGUGGGCUGCGUGGGUGGCGGCUCCUCGCCUUCUCCGUUCACUCUCCACCACUGCAAUACCAACCGAUCCCUAGGUGACGUCACAUUCCGUAGAAGGGGAAUAUAAAACCUGUUUGACCGUCCCUUUCUUUUUCUGCAAUUUCGUGCCACGGUUUCCCCUCUGUUCCCUGUUUCCGUUCCAUCUCUGUCCACGUAUCGUUCCCACUUGCUUACGCUUUUCUCCCGUGCUGGUUUCCGCCGUGUUUUCCAUCCGCCGUCACGAAAAACAAGCAAAUGCGCGGAUCACUUGAAAUUAGGGAUCCGCGCGCGUACGCGCAUGCGCGGGGACGCAACUUUUUGUCUCGGACAGCGGCUCGCCAGCAGUCGUCCGUCUGUCGAGAGAGCGUGUUGAGAACGAUGUUGUGCGUCGCGUGCGAUGCUCGACGACGACGACGUUUCGUAGCACGGCGAGACCCGUCGACGAUGUACUGUCUACGUAACGACGCGAAGAAUUUCGUGUUCGCGUAACGCGAGUCGAAAACGGAACGAAAAAACGUGACUAAUUGCACGGUGUACCAUCCCUAACAGUCCAUGCGCUCCUCGUAGCCAUGGCUUCAGUGAAGGUAGCCGUAAGAGUUCGUCCUUUUAACAAAAGGGAGCUGGCGAUGAACGCGAAGAUGAUCGUGCAAAUGGAUGGCAAGAAAACGCGUAUCUUCAAUACCAAGACACCAGGUAGUUGCAGAGAAAUCGACAGAGAGAAAUACAAAGACUUCACGUUCGAUCACUCGUACUGGUCCUUCGACGCGAACGACGAGAAUUAUGCGUCCCAGGAAGAGGUUUUCUAUGAUCUUGGUACGGACGUAAUAGAAAGUGCCUUCGAAGGCUACAAUGCCUGCGUCUUUGCCUACGGCCAGACAGGGUCUGGGAAGACUUUUACGAUGAUGGGCACGCCGGAGGCUCAGGGAUUGAUACCAAGGAUUUGUAAGACAUUGUUCGCCAGAAUGGCUGCGGGUAAAGAGAGCGGAGCAUCGUAUAGAACCGAGGUAUCCUUCCUGGAAAUACACAACGAGAGAGUGAGAGAUUUGCUGCGGCUGGAUCAGUCACAGUCUCAUUCGCUCAGAGUGCGGGAGCAUCCUAAAAGAGGACCCUACGUUCAAGACUUGUCCAGCCACCUCGUGUACGAUUAUUCAGACAUUCAGGAAUGUAUGGUGAGAGGUAACACGCACAGAACUACAGCCAGCACAAACAUGAACGACGUGAGCAGCAGAAGUCACGCGAUUUUUACGAUAACGUUUGUGCAAGCUGGACUCUCUGAGGGCAAUAUGCCGUCAGAGACCGUUUCCAAGGUGCAUCUCGUCGACUUGGCUGGAAGCGAACGUGCAAAUGCAACAGGAGCGACAGGCCAACGGCUAAAAGAGGGUGCGCACAUUAAUAAGUCAUUGGUGACUUUAGGUUCUGUGAUAUCGGCACUUGCGGAAGUAAGUUCCGCGAGCGAUGCGUCUUCUUCCUCAAAGCGGAACGUUUUCAUACCUUACCGAGACAGUGUGCUAACAUGGUUGCUAAAGGAUUCGCUUGGAGGUAAUUCGAAGACUAUUAUGAUAGCUGCUAUUAGUCCAGCAGAUUGUAAUUACGGGGAGACUCUGAGUACGCUCAGGUACGCGAACCGAGCGAAAAAUAUCAUCAAUAAACCCACUAUCAACGAAGAUCCCAAUGUAAAAUUAAUUAGAGAACUCAGGGAAGAGAUCCAGAAGUUGAAGUCUCUUAUCGGUAAAGACAUGAGCGUUGAAAGGCCACCGCAGGUAUUGUUGGCUCAGAUUCAUGAGAAACAAGAACAGGAGAAAGUGUUGACGGAAGAAUGGACGGAAAAGUGGCGAGAAACACAGCAGAUUCUUCAAGAGCAAAAAGCAUUAGGCCUCCGUAAGAGCGGCGUUGGCGUAGUCUUAGACUCAGAAAUGCCGCACUUAGUCGGAAUCGACGAUGAUCUCCUGAGCACCGGUGUAACGUUGUAUCAUUUGAAAGAGGGUAGAACGUUAGUCGGAACGGAAGAGGCACCAACCACGCAGGAUAUCGUGUUAACCGGCGCGGACGUCGAGCCAGAACACUGUGUGGUAGAGCUAGACAACGGUGUAGCAACCCUUCAUCCCCUUUCUCCUCACUGCUGGAUUAACACAGCCCAAGUAGAUAAACCGACGCGUUUGUCGCAAGGUUGUAUCAUUCUUCUGGGCAGGAACAAUAUGUUCCGCUAUAACGAUCCGGCAGAGGCGGCGAAGCUAAGAAAGGAAGGUGGAACGGGUAACGGUAACUUGCAGUCCACGGUCGUCAAUCUUUCAAGAUUAUCUCUCUUGAGCUGGAGUGUCUCGGAUCUGCACGCCUCGUCCUCUAGUGAUAACCUUUUAAAUUCGAGCGAAGAUCUCCGAGCACUCGAGGAACUGGAACAGCAAAAGGCUGCCCUCAUUAAGGAAAAGGAAGACUUUAAGACUCGCGAUCGUUUUCUGCAGAGAGAACAAGAGGAACGGGAAGAAAGAUGGGCCGCUAGAAGAGAGGCUCUGGAAGGCGCACAACGCGAACUCGAACGCGAAUGGGGCGCCCAAUGGAAAGAGUGGGCCGAUGCGAUAGCAGCUCUUGAAUCGCGACAACGCGAGUUGCGCGCAAGACGUCAUCUCCUGGAACAAGAGCGACGAGACGAAAUGACGCAAGUAGAAAGUUUAUGUAGGGAAGUUGCCUCUCUGCGUACAACAUUGCAAUCCAAGCAUCGUCAGUUUCAAGAGUUCAUGAACAAUCACGAACGCGCUCAAAGAUUCCGUCAAUGGUGGGAGAAGACGGAUGACGGUGCUGGAAGCGAUGGUAGCUUGCCAGAAUCCUGGUCGAGUUUGAACGAUGAUAAAUGCGUUGACGCGGUCCGAGAACUUGUUAAUCAUCACAAAAAAGAACUGGCUGUCCUAGAAACGGAAUUGCAAAACAAGGUGAAGUCGUUGAACGAGCAUCAGAGUAAAGUAGAUAAGAUGGAGGAAGAAUUGAUCGAGAUAGCCAGGAAGCAAAAGCAUAUGAUUAACCUGGAACUGGAGGGAGAAGGCAACACGGAGAAGAAGCUGAUUCUAGCAAAACGUUCUCAAGAACAGCUACAAGAGAUCCUACGACGAAAGCAGAGUCUUUCGUUGAACCUGAAACGCGCUUUACCCGCGUCACCCGGUGAUCAUUCCUCUAGCGGUGAUGAGAUCUUCUCCAACGGGGAGACGCAAUCCUUCCAGGAUGCGUGUAAUAGAAAACUUCAAAUAGCUUCUGCUUUGAGUCUACUGCCACAAGAUGUUCCAAGCUCUAUCGAGACUGCUGACACGUUUCACACAGCUGCGGCUGACUCGCCAGAACCUCGCAUACCCUUCCAAGAUCCACACGAAGAAGAAUCUCGCGUAUCUUUAGAUAAUAAUCAGCAAAGAGAAUCUCAGGAAUCGCAGAAGGUAUCUCAAGAAGAUCCGCUGAACGACAAGAAACUACCCGAAGCGGAGGGCAAAAGUUCGUUGAACCUGAACAGGAAAUCUCCCGUGGAAAUAAAAACGGAUAAAUGUAACGGCAGUGCUAGCAGCGAGAAAACGGAGUCAAAGUCACCGACGAAUUCCACGAUAGAGGAGGAUAUUCCUCAAGAUUCACUGGAGUCGCCGGUGCAACAGAAUCCAGCAAUGAAACGACUGAACCAAAGAAUCGCCCGCCAACGAAUGAUGGUGAUGAGGUGUCUGGAAGCUAGUUCGCCCUCCAAAGAAGAUCUGAAUAGGCAGAUAGCGAUCCUGCAAGACCUCCAGAAGCAGCAGAUCGAGCUAGAGGUGUCCUUAUUGGAGGAUGAACGCAAAAACGUUAGACAACAAUCCAAGUCUGAGUGCAACAACGACAGAUUGUCGCCAAUUGUAGAUGUAAAUGACCUUAUACAAAACACGGAGACAAAUAGUACGUGUUGUGACUUAGAGUCAACGAAUAGCUCCGCCACGUUGUUGACCGUGGCCACAACGCGAUCUCCGAUCCUCAGGAACAACAGGCCUAAUAUCAACGACGACGAGAAUCUAUCGGAAUCGGUUCAGCCUCGAAUAUCAUCGGGAAGAGGUUACUCUACAGUCUAUCUCACGAGUCAAAAUCGGGGCGAUCGAUUGAGUAGCCCGUAUUCCCUGACAAUCACGAGGUCUCUGCCAUCUUUGAUAGCAAACGACGCUGAUUACGAUAGCGUGAUUAAUAUGAUCGUUAGUAUACCUUCUUACGUGAUACGUGGAGCUGGUAAGUCCAGUCAUUACGAAUACGAGGUACGUGUCGUGGCACAAGAUGAUAGUUGGACACUUCUACGUAGAUACAGACGAUUCCGGGAGUUGUAUAUUUCAAUGCGACAAAAAUAUGGUAGCAAGGUAGCAGCAAUACGCUUUCCACCCCGACAAGUUUUUUCAAAAUACGAAGUCGUCGCACGACAACGUAGAAAACGAUUAGAAGAGUAUCUGCGACGUUUGAUUCAGGUAUGCUCAGAAUUGCCGCACUGCAAACCUCUCUACAAGUACAACGGCAACUUAAGCAACAUAGAUAAGCAAUCGUUGCUGGAAUUCAGUUCGUUCUUCAGACGUGGAACAUUCGAAAGCAGCAAGUACGGGACAAGUUAAGACAGGAAGGAAGAAAGAAUAAUUCCCCGAGCGUCGAAGAACGAACAAAUUCGAGCGAACGUAUAGAUAUUUAUAAUUCGUUACGUAUUUUUUUAUGAUGAUGAAAACCGAAGAUAAGCUAAAGUGGGAAAAAUAUUAGCAAAGUAUAGUUACCACUUUUUGCGAUGAUUAUUACUGUAUAUUUACCAAAAUGCGUUUCCAAAAGUUUAUUGUUUAUAAGACUGAUAUAUUGUAUAGAUAUAUAUACUGCAUAUUUAAUAAUUGUUUUGUUUGUAGAAUUAGCAAAAUGUGCCGCGAAAUUAUAUUUAAGAGGAAACUGAACGUUGGCGUAAUUAUGACAGGGUGGAUUUGGCCUCUUACCAGAAAUCACUGGAAUACCAAAAAAAAAAAAAUAGAAAUAUUCUGCAAAAAUUUCUAAAUUUGGAUAAAAACUGUUAAACGUAAGAAGUACUUAAGGCAAAGUUUUAAUAAAGCUAGGGACCUAAUUCACCCUAAACAAAAGUCCUAGUUACGCUAAUGAUUUGAAUAAGUCUCAAAUUCUAUUCUCGAUGCAGGUUCCAUUGAAAAUCACUACUUAGUAACAAUUGACGGAAUCGUAUUAUGAUCUGACUAAUCUAGUACGUGUUGCGAAUAUUUUCCUAAUGUUUUUCUCCCGUUAGAAUUGACAGUUUCCAAGUGUACCUUUCCCGCUUCGGUUUCGAACGAAAUUGUUGGGUUCAUUGAAUUUGAAAAUUCGCACGACUACUUGCUAGAUAAUAUACGUAGCUAGACCAGUAUUGUUACAAGAUACGCACGAAAUAAAGAUAAUUUGCUGUGCGCACAACCGCGGUGACCAUAAAUACGUCGGGCGCUUAUGCUCGUGAUAAUAAUUAGAGUUCAUAAAUGAUCGCGUUUAUUUUUUCGUCGGAACAGCGUCUUUUACACAUCAUCAUGACUGAAAUUCGACUAGAUAUUAAAUCGAAGAAAAAAAAAAUAAGUGAACUUCCUCCUAGUACGUAGUUAUAAACUUAUUGAAUUAUCAUAAUUUUACGAAGUGCAAAGAAUAUCAUAUCGCUGUUGAAGUUCUUCCGGUUCCGGGGAUUUAUAUUAUAUAUAUAAAUAUAUAUAUAUUGUAUAUUGUAUAUGUAUACACUGCAUUUCGCGGCAAAGUUUGUAAACAGAGAACAGCGAGAUUAAAAGUUACGAAACAGUUAUGCAAUGCUUGAUGAUAUGGAAAAGUGAACGCUAACUUAUCGAUUAUUCUUGGCAAAAUGUUUAUCCGCUAUUUAUAAAAGCGCUUUUUGAAAACAAAUAAAUAAACGAACGGCGUGGAGUUACCUUUUUCAACGACAUGCAAAUAUAUAUGCUUUUCUAAAAUCCAAGGAAAUACUAUAUUGUAACAAUAAAUUAAAAAAAAAAAAAA